GAAGACAACUGUUGUAUUGUCAUUACUAUUAGUAAGCAUCUAGUAGCUUCGCCAACAUGAUGCAACAUCCAUCACACCACAAUCCUACACAACCCCUUCGCUCCUCACGCUCCAUAGGGCGCCUCGUGGUAAUGGUCAUUCGUUCCCGACGCCAGCACCGACGCGACAUGCUCAUCUCCCUCUUGCUGUGCCUUCACCUUCUUCCGAUACAUGAAGUACAUUGCGGCCGCUCCAACAAGUCCCAGCGUGCCACAUGCUGACCCGACGGCAAUCGCCGUAGUCUGGUCCGUCCCGCUCCCACCCUUUGCAGAGGACAGAGGCGGCGAUACAUACGCAGGAGCGCUGGUCGUGGUAACUAUCGGUAGUUGCCCGAUGCAAGGAGUGGACGACGUCACCGUCGCGUCGCAUCCAUACCCCGGCGGACACACGACCGUUCCAUUCGCCAACUUUGUGGCGGGAGAUGCAUACCCGGACGCCCCGAAGCCAGUGCCGACGCAACGGUACUUCUCACCGACCACCAAGGUCGGAACCGGAGAUUGAAUGCAAUCGCAUGACGAAGGGCAGGUCCAAAUACCGUUCCAUCCGUUGCACUGGGACUUGCACCGCAAGCUGUUGUCGGCUACGCCCAAUGGUUUAUCGAUGAAGGCAGACACGGCGGCAACGUCGCCGGCACUGCCGCCCCCAAUGUACGCGAGGUACUGCAGCGCGGACUUGUAAUUGAGACCGUCGAGGUCUUUCAGAACAUGGGUCGUAGAAUAGCUGCAUUGUCGUUGGGUCUUGGCACGACAGGUGGCGGGGUCGCAACACACAUAGCCGAUCGGACACGCCGACGACUUUGUUGGCGCGACGCACAUGCUACUGCCGAAGGAAAGGACCGAAGUGGACCCACAGGGAGUGCUGCCGACGCAUUGGUUAUCGCAUGAUGGGAAUGUAUCAAGGAGGGUGUCCAAGCUAAUUCCGUUUGCGGUAACGAGGGUUGUCGGUCCGCGGCCAUUGAGGAGCUGCGCCGCGUCAAUGGUGCUGAUGGUGGCCGAGGUUGUUGGAGUCAUCAUGCCCAACAGGAACAGUAGCUUCACUUGCAUGACCACUGACUGAGGGCCACACGGAAAGAUCGCGAUCUUGAAGCUUCCAGCGACAAAACCAAG